AUGGCCGCAUCCACCCUGUCCGUCUGCUCCAGCGACCGGAGCUACGGCAGCCGCGUCUGCCUGCCCGGCUCCUGUGACACCUGCUCCGACUCCUGGCAGGUGGACGACUGCCCAGAGAGCUGCUGCGAGCCCCCCUGCUGUGCACCCACCUGCUGUGCCCCCACCUGCUGUGUCCCUACCUGCUGUGAUUCCAGCUGCUGUGCACCCACCUGCUGUGAGCCCAGCCCCUGCCAGUCAGCCUGCACCAGCUCCUGCCAGCCCUCCUGCUGCAGCUCCUCCCCCUGCCAGGAAGACUGCUGUGUGUCUGUCUGCUGCAAGCCGGUCUGCUGCACCCCUGUUUGCUGCCAGGCCUCACCCUGCUCAGCCUCCUCAUGCUGCCAGCAGUCUAGCUGCCAGCCCUCCUGCUGCAGCUCCUCUCCCUGCCAGGAAGACUGCUGCAAACCUGUCUGCUGCACCCCUGUCUGCUGCAAACCUGUCUGCUGCACCCCUGUCUGCUGCAAGCCCGUCUGCUGCACCCCUGUCUGCUGUAAGCCCGUCUGCUGCACCCCUGUCUGCUGCAAGCCCGUCUGCUGCACCCCUGUCUGCUGCAAGCCCGUCUGCUGCACCCCUGUCUGCUCCGGGCCCUCCUCCUGCUGCCAGCCCAGCCCCUGCUCCUCGUCCUGCUUUGGACCGUCCUCCUGUGUGUCCCUGCUCUGCCGCCCCGUGUGCAAGCCCGCCUGCUGUGUGCCCGCCUCCUCCUGCUGUGCCCCCGCCUCCUCCUGCCAGCCCAGCUGCUGCCGCCGAGCCUCCUGCGUGUCCCUGCUCUGCCGCCCCACGUGCUCCCGCCAGGCUUGCUGCGUGCCUGCCUCGGCCCAGAAGUCCUGCUGCUGA